AUGGCGACGCUCGAGACGCGGCAGAAUGUGGCGUCGCUGCUGCGCAUGGUGAUUUUGUUUCUGAUCGCUGUCGCCGCUGUAUCGUCUCGCUUGUUUUCUGUCGUGCGGUACGAAUCGAUCAUCCAUGAAUUCGAUCCGUGGUUCAACUUCCGUGCGACCAAGGUCCUAACGCAGGACGGGUACUACCGCUUCUGGAACUGGUUCGAUCCGACGGCGUGGUACCCGCUCGGCCGCGCGGCUGGUGGCACCGUGUUCCCUGGCCUCAUGGUCACGAGCGGCACGCUGUACAAUAUCCUGCACUUUUUCCAUGUGCCUGUCAACAUCCGCGACAUUUGCGUGAUGCUCGCGCCCAUGUUUAGUGUGCUCACGGUGCUGGCUGCGUACCUGUUCACGUCGAUGAUGAAGGACGAUGCGGCGGGGCUUCUGGCCGCGCUGUUCAUCGGCAUCGCGCCUGGCUACAUCUCGCGUUCCGUCGCGGGCUCGUACGAUAACGAGGCCAUCGCCAUCUUUUUGCUGCUGUUCACGUUCUAUCUGUGGGUGCGCUCCGUGCGCGACGGCAGCAUGCUCUUUGGCAUGCUCACGGCGCUCUCGUACUUUUACAUGGUCGCCGCAUGGGGUGGCUACGUGUUUAUCACCAACAUGAUCCCGCUGCACGCUUUGGUGCUCGUCCUCAUGGGCCGCUUUAGCGAGCGGCUGUACGUCGCAUACUCGUCGUUCUACGCGAUCGGGACGCUCGCGAGCAUGCAGAUCCCGUUCGUCGGGUUCCAGCCCGUGCGCACGUCCGAGCACAUGGCCGCGCUCGGCGUGUUUGGCCUGCUGCAGCUGAUUGCGCUCACGGAAACUGUGCGGCGGUACGUGUCGUCCGCGCAGUUCAAGGUGCUUGUGCGCGCAAGCGUCGCCAUCCUGGCACUCGCAGCGUUCGCGGCGCUCGUGGCGCUCACGUACGCAGGCUACAUCGCGCCGUGGACAGGCCGCUUCUACUCGCUGUGGGACACGUCGUACGCCAAGAAGCACAUCCCGAUCAUUGCGUCCGUGUCCGAGCACCAGCCGCCGGCAUGGAGCACGUACUUCCUCGACCUGCACUGCCUCGCGCUCCUGUUCCCCGCCGGCCUGUUUUUCCUGUUCCAGGAGCUGCGCGACGAGCAUGUGUUUGUCGUCAUCUACGCCGUGAUGGCCUCGUACUUCUCGGGCGUGAUGGUGCGUCUGAUCCUCACACUCACGCCGUGCGUGUGUGUGUGCGCCGCCGUCGCGGCCAGCACGCUCAUCGACACGUACGCGGGCGCGAGCCCCGAGGCGCCGAAGCGCACGGAGCGCACUCCGCGCACGAAGCGCCUGCCGAUCGAGUCGCGCUGCCUCGUGAUCGGCUGCCUCAUGCUCGUGCUCGAGCUGUUUGUGCUGCACUGCACGAUGAUCACGUCGAUGGCGUACUCGUCGCCGUCCGUCGUGCUCGCGUCGCAGCAGAACGACGGCUCGUCCGUGAUCAUCGACGACUUCCGCGAGGCGUACUACUGGCUCCGCGAAAACACGCCGCAGGACGCCAAGGUCAUGAGCUGGUGGGACUAUGGCUACCAGAUCGCGGGCUUCGCGGACCGCACGACGCUCGUCGACAACAACACGUGGAACAAUACCCACAUCGCAACGGUCGGCAAGGCGAUGGCGUCGCCCGAGGAGCGGGCCUACCCGAUCCUCCGCCAGCACGACGUCGACUACGUGCUCAUCAUCUUUGGCGGCCUGCUUGGCUACAGCGGCGACGACCUGAACAAGUUCUUGUGGAUGAUCCGCAUCUCGCAGGGAUUGUGGCCCGACGAGAUCAAAGAGCACAAGUUCUUCACGUCGUCAGGCGAGUACCGCGUCGACGAUGAGGCCUCUCCGACGAUGCGCGACAGCCUCAUGUACAAGAUGACCUACCACCGCUACAACGAGCUCUUUGGCGGCCAGGCCGGCAUGGACCGCGCCCGCAACAGCCGGGGCCCCUCGACAUCGCCCCAGCUCGCUACGCUCGACGAGGUGUUUACCAGUGAAAAUUGGCUCGUGCGUAUAUACCAGGUCAAGAAGGAGGACGCGCUCGGCCGGUCCCUGUCGGCAGCCCAGGCCUUCGACCAGGGCCAGCCGCUGCGCAGUGCGCCCUUCCCGAUCCAUGCAGACGCGAUCGUUCCGUAG